CUAGUAACAUGUGUUGUUGUACGCAGCAGGGUGUACUUUGUUAGUGACCUUACGUUUGUAGAAAACAAUGAAAUGAUGCGUUUGGCCCAGAUGAGAUUGAAGAGCCUUUCUGGUCAUGUAUUGAAGCAUUCCCCUGCUGUAGCGACAUCAGUGUGCAGUGAGGGUAGAGGAUCCAGGAGAUAUGGCUCUACUACUACACCUACCAAAGCAGUCAUAUUUGAUAUGGGAGGGGUGCUUUUACCAUCUCCAUUCCAGGCUUUCAAUGAUUUUGAAGCUGCACUCAACCUUCCUAAAAACAGUGUUAAUGAGUUCAUAGUUAGUCUUGGAGAACAAGGUGGCUGGGCCAAACUGGAUCGAGGAGAGAUGACAUUCAAGGAGUAUGUUGAGGAGUUCAACAGAGGUUUAUCUGACAAGGUUGGGAAAAAGAUUGAUGCUUCCACCUUAUUUUAUGGACUGACAGAUAUGACUGCGAGACCAUAUCCAGAGAUGCUUGAUGCCAUACAGUGUAUUCGAGCAGAAGGGAUUAAGACAGCCCUUAUCACCAACAACUGGCUUAUUACUCCUACACAGUCUGCAAUGCCUUUGGACAGAAAACUUUUUGAUGUAAUAUUGGAAUCAUGUAUCGUGAAAAUCAAGAAACCAAACCCUAAGAUAUACCAGAUGUGCCUAGAAGCCCUGAAUGUUCAUCCAGAGGAAGUGAUAUUUCUUGAUGACAUUGGAAGGAACCUGAAACCAGCAAAAGAAAUGGGAAUGAGGACAAUAAAGGUCUCACAGACUGAGCCUUUACAGAGUUUGAAACAAUUGGAGACUUACCUGGGUUUUUCAUUGAGGGGUUUUUAUCCCGGAACAACUUUAGUACCAAAGAGGCUGGAGCUUCCAAUUGACAAAUUAACAAAAUACCUCAAUGAGGCUUUGGAUCUUCAUUCCCAAGAUCCACCUGCUGUCAGAUGUUUUGCCCACGGUCAGUCAAAUCCUACUUACUUCAUUUCUUAUGGUGGAAAAAAUUUGGUUUUAAGAAAGAAACCACCAGGGAAACUUUUGCCCUCCGCUCAUGCUGUGGAAAGAGAGUACCGAGUCAUGAAAGCAGUGGGCACCCAGGGAGUACCUGUUCCUAAAAUGUUAGCACUCUGUGAGGAAGACAGUUUAUUGGGAACACCCUUCUACAUAAUGGAGCAUGUCCCAGGAAGAAUAUUCAAGAAUCCUCUCCUCCCAGAAAUGCAUUUUGAGGAGAGGAAGCAAAUCUAUGCUGCAAUGAAUGAAACCCUUUGUAAGAUACAUGCUGUGGAUAUAGCUAAGGCUUAUUUGGAGGAUUAUGGAAAACAUGGCAAUUAUGUUCAGAGAAAUCUUACAAGGUGGAUCAGACAGUAUGAAGCCAGCAAGACAAAGGACAUGCCUGUAAUGGACAAGUUGUCAAAAUGGCUUCAGGAUCAUCUCCCUGCUCAUGAGAGGUGCACUGUAGUUCAUGGGGAUUUUAGAUUAGACAACCUGAUCUACCACCCUACUAGACCUGAGGUGGUGGCUGUGUUAGACUGGGAACUGUCCACUUUAGGAGAUCCUCUGACUGACCUGGCUACCAACUGUUUGGCAUAUCACAUGCCAGAGAUCCCAGGACCACUUACAGGGUUUGCCAACAAAAAUAUCCAGCAACUAGGGCUUCCCUCAGAACAGGAAUAUUUAGAUACAUAUUGCAGGAACUUGAACAUCCCACCCAUUGCCAACUGGAACUUUUAUGUGGCAUUUCAGUGCUUCAGAGGGGCUGCUAUUUUACAAGGAGUAUAUAAGAGAGCAAUUUCAGGACAGGGAGCAGCUCCAGAUGCAGAAGCCAUUGGUUCCCUAGCAGAAUUGACAGCUAAUGUAGGCUGGGGAAUAGCAUCAAAUAGUAACAACACGGCAAGCACUGAUAACACAAGUAGAGGGAGGCAGCACUAUUCAACACAGCCCACAUCAACAAUGCCUGGAAAAGAAAUAGCACCCAUGCCAGUGACAGUGUCUGCACUGUCUUUCAAGGCCCAAAACUACCAUCAAAGAGUGAAACAGUUUAUUAAAGAGCACAUUUUGCCAUUAGAAGGAGAGUUUACACAGCAUUCAUUUGCUGAUAACAGGUGGACCAUUCAUCCUAAAACAGAGGAACUUAAGGCCAAAGCCAAGGCUGAAGGUUUAUGGAAUUUGUUCAUUCCAAUUGAAUCUGACCAAGACUGUCACUAUGGGGCUGGUCUGACCAAUCUGGAGUAUGCUAUGAUAUGUGAGGAGAUGGGGAAGUGUGUGUUUGCCCCAGAGAUAUUCAACUGCAGUGCCCCUGACACUGGUAAUAUGGAAGUUUUAAUACGUUACGGAACAGAGGAACAAAAGCAGAAAUGGUUGACUCCAUUGCUGGAGGGAACAAUUAGGUCUUGCUUUGCCAUGACUGAACCACAGGUUGCAUCAUCUGAUGCAACUAAUAUUGAAUCCUCCAUUAGAAGAGAUGGAGAUUCAUAUGUGAUCAAUGGACACAAGUGGUGGACAUCAGGUGCAAUGGAUCCCCGUUGUAAAUUGGCCAUAUUUAUGGGUAAGACAGACCUUGAGGCACCAAUGCACAGACAGCAGAGUAUGAUCCUGGUGCCAAUGGAUGCCCCAGGGGUGAAAAUACUGAGGCCUCUUAAUGUGUUCGGAUCCCAGGAUGCACCACAUGGCCAUGCAGAAGUGUUGUUUGAGAAUGUUCGAGUGCCAGCUUGUAAUCUACUGCUGGGUGAAGGGAGAGGCUUUGAGAUUGCCCAGGGUAGACUUGGCCCAGGAAGAAUCCACCACUGCAUGAGACUGAUAGGAUCUGCUGAGAGAGCUUUGGAUCUUAUGUUAGAUAGAGUUCAGAACCGUGUUGCCUUUGGUAGGCCUCUUGCUGAUCAAGGGACCAUCAGAGCUGACAUUGCCAAGUCUAGAAUAGAGAUAGAACAGACCAGACUGUUGGUGCUCAAAGCUGCCCAUAUGAUGGACACUGUAGGAAAUAAGGUUGCUGCUCCAGAGAUAGCAAUGAUAAAAGUGGCAGCUCCUAACAUGGCACUUAAUGUGAUUGAUAGAGCAAUUCAGGCUUUUGGUGGGGCUGGAGUGAACUCUGAUGUUCCAUUGGCAGCCAUGUUCAUGUGGGCAAGAAUAUUAAGGAUAGCUGAUGGUCCAGAUGAGGUCCAUAUGAGAGCCAUAGCCCGGCAGGAAUUCAAAAGAUAUUUCAAGUCAAAGAUGUGAAGUUUAUAUUCCAUGAAGUAUAUUUUCAAUGAAAAUAGUAGUGUAUUGUGAUAGAAUAAUAUUGAGGAAAACAUUUGAAGAUUUUCUGGGAGAAUCCAUUUCUUUUGAUGAUUUUGUGUGCUUAUAAAAAAAACUCUCUGAAACAAGGUUGUUAUGGUGACCUUAAGAACCCAUCUGUUGCAUUUAGUGAGCUUUUUACAAAGUGUAACAUUGCCAUUUUAAAGAUAAUGUGGACAUUUCCAAAUACUUAAUUUUAAUUUGAGCAUCAUGGAUAUAAUAAGCUAGCAUUUUUUUUCUGAGAGUGCUUGUUAUUUGAUUUGAUACUAAUGAAUUCAACCUAAUUUUAUGCAAACUAUUCAAUGUAUAAGAUAUGUAUGUAUUACAUAUUUAAGAGUGAAUAAUAUAAACAGUCAAAUUCAUGGAUCCAUCCCUAUUUUAUUGACUCUGGUUGCUCUGAAAACCAGUUACAACUGAAUUCUUUUGGAGUUGCAAUAAGUGCUUUCAUGUAAUUUAAUGGGUUUAUUAUUUAUCCCUCAUACUGAAUGUGUGACAUAUACAAAACUAAAAUCUGCACUGUAUGUAUUUAUUUGAACAACUUGAAUUGACUUAGCCCUUUCAGUGUGGCAUUGUGAGUAAGAACCAGUAUUGUAAUAAGGAAAGAGUCUGAGUUCAUUAAUUGAAUACUAAUCUUUCCUAAUGCCAAAGUUCCACAAGUGUGUGAAAACGUAAAAUAAGUGUAAAUACAAACCAUUUUAGUUGCUUCUUGUUGAUGAAAGUUAAAAGUGUCAUAUCGUGUAUUCAACAAUGAUUGUUGUUCUCUAUUUCAAUAUAGUUAUAAUCAAUAUAAGUAUCUAUUUUGUGAAAAAAAUGCUGAAAUAAAGGUGGAAGCCCCCCCCCC